CGCGAACCCUUGGCGGCGGCGCGGUUUUCAAAGUUCGCCGGUCUGCUGGGUUGCGUUCAAAGCAGGACAAAUCUGGACCAAUAAUAUUUAUAAAUAAUUUAAACGGUUUUUCUUUUUUUUGUCGGUGUGCAACAAUCUUUUUUUAAUUUGAAAAUGGAUUUUUUAGAUUCUUCAGUUCUGUCAAACUCCCCCAUGAAAUGCCGCGGACAAAUUCAAGUCAUCUUUGGACCCAUGUUUUCAGGAAAAAGCACUGAGCUGUUGAGGCGCGUCCGGCGCUUCCAGCUGGCCCAGUACAAAUGCCUGGUGAUCAAAUACGCCAAAGACACACGUUAUUCCGACACAGGCGUGGCCACACAUGACAAAAACACCAUGGAGGCCGUUCCUGCCAACUGCCUGAGCGACGUACGAGCUGCGGCGCUGAAGGCCUGCGUCAUUGGAAUCGAUGAGGGGCAGUUUUUUCCUGACACAGUGGAGUUCAGUGAGGAGAUGGCUAAUCUUGGGAAAACGGUCAUUGUAGCUGCUUUGGAUGCAACCUUCCAGAGGAAGGCGUUUGGGAACAUCCUGGGCCUGGUUCCUCUGGCAGAGAGCGUGGUGAAGCUGCACGCCGUUUGUAUGCAGUGCUACCGAGAAGCUGCCUACACCAAAAGGAUUGGAGUGGAGAAGGAGGUGGAGGUGAUCGGAGGAGCAGACAAAUACCAAGCAGUGUGCAGGACGUGCUACGGAGGACAGCAGGAUGACAAGGAGAACAGGAAGGAAACUCCACCUCCCGUCAGAGCAGGAAAAGCUGUGGAGGCCAGUUUACCCCGGAAGGUCUUCUCCUCCCUUCACCUGUGAGGACGAGAGCAGCACCUUUGUUCUGGCUCGACAUGGACAAUCAGCUGAUCAUGUUUUGUCUGUUUUUAUUCAUUUACUUGAAGCACUUAUGUUGUGAGGUCAUUGUCUUUUUUUUUAAGUUUUAAAUUAUUAUUUAAAACAAAAUCUUGUCAUUUCCUGAUUGAAAUGUUGUGUAUUUUAGGUCUAGAGUAAAAUGACAGCUUCUCCAAAACUCUUAAAUCUUUAAACUGACUCUGAGAAGCCCAAGCUUUCACUUCUGCCUGUUUUGUAAUCCCACCCCCCAGAACUAAAAUAACCUGUUUAAUCCUGGCCAGAGCUGGAGCGGUGCAGCAAGGCAGAAAUGGAAACAGACUGAUGGCGGUUUGACUGGAGCAGAAGCAGCUCUGUGUUUUUAACCCACUUUAAUAGAACAGAAAGAUCA